AUGCUAUAUAGGUCAGAAUUUGUAGUCUAUGCGAACACUCUUGUAGAACUCCUCCAAUCUUUCGCUCAAGAUUCUCACAGUCACUCUGCCUUGCAGAAGCUGGUCGAACACAUCUACAAGCACCGCUCUGUGACGAUGAAACAUUACGCGCGUUCCCUUUUGGCGGUAUUUCCCAAGGGAGAUCGUCUCGCUGCGCUCGAUCUGCACAAGGAGCAAUGGUCCCCACUCCGGAUAGAGCUUUCAGAAAAACUGGCCAGCAUUGUCCGACGACUCUAUGAAGACCAGCAACUCCCUCCGCUCACGUUUGAAGAACCAAAUCUGAUGGUCCUUCGAGAAGAAACGCUCGCCUCCCCGUUACUUCUCAUCUAUGAGAUCGUCACAGCGAUUAUGCAAGGUCGAGGUUCUCUGCAACGGGGGGCUGAUUUUCCGGAGGAAUUACAUGUUCAUAAUUCCUGCGUCAUGUUGAAAGAAGUCAUCGGUGUAGUUCCGUCUCGAUACUGGCAAUUGGAAGCGGUUGGAGACUAUGUCCAUGAUUGCUACGCCUUUCACGAGGAUGGCCCCUCUCGGCUUUCAUCAGAUUGCUUAGCAGGAGGGGCGAACACCUUUCGCCCUCAAGAUGUUUAUCUGAAUGAUACAGACAGGGACUUUCCCGUGAAGGAGUCUCCUGACGAUGUUUAUCCAGCUGUCCACAGCUUCCUUAAAGGUAUUGCCGCGAUCUAUCAGUAUGAAGUUGCUCGAUGUAGAUUAUCCGGGCACCCUCUCUGCAAGCGGAACGCUCCCAUCAAACUCACUUGCAUUGAAGUAGAGCACCAAGAUUUUGUUAAGCCGUCACCCGAAUUGCUCAGACUCCUAAUUCCCUCAAUUCCCCCGCAAUCCAUUCCCGGCCUUGAAAUAGAGAAGCGCCUGGGAUCCGUCGAGUCUGGUGCCUAUGCUCCUCAUUGCGCUGCGGGUGCCAUGGCUGCCUUUGCGUAUUUCAGAUCAAAAACUGGCGCCCAAUGGAUGAGCAAUUCCUCACCUCCAGAGAGCUUUCGAAGUUUCUUCUCGACCCUUGCACCGUCAACAAAUUUUGCCCAGGACGAUUUGGUUCUCACGAUUGGCACAUCCAAAAAAUGUUGCUCAACAUGCGCUCUUCUUUGCGAGGUGCUUGAAGUGGAAUUCGACGUCGACUUCAAAGUGGCAUUAGGACACGCAAAUUGGUCUCCAUGGUGGCCCCCCAGCUGGCUGCCUGAUCGUUUACUUGCGGACAUGGUUUUGCGACUCCACCUCACGCUCCGUGUGAUCCAGUUUAAUACCGACGACAGUUCUGAUACCGGAGGAGACUCGUCAUCACCCGAUUCGCCUACCGAGGAAGGUUGGAAUCGCAAGUUCAUUGAUCUCAACGUUCAUGACGAUCUGGGAUCUGCCAAGCUCGAUGCUGACCCUGAGCUGGACCUGCCGUGA